AUGGCAAGAGGGCUGUAUCUCAUCCUGCUCGGUGUCUCCUUGGCUGGACUCCUGCUGCCUGGGGCAAGUGUAUUCAUUAACCGGGAACAUGCCAACAAUGUCCUGCGGAGGAUCAGGAGGGCAAAUUCAUUUCUAGAAGAGGUGAAGAAAGGAAACCUUGAAAGAGAGUGUAUGGAAGAGACUUGCUCAUAUGAAGAGGCCCGAGAAGUCUUUGAAGAUAACGUCAAAACGACUGAAUUCUGGAAUAAAUACAAAGAUGGUGACCAGUGUGAAAGCAAUCCUUGUCAGAAUCAGGGCAACUGCAGAGAUGGCCUUGGGGAAUACACCUGCACUUGCGUGGAAGGAUUCGAAGGCAAAAACUGUGAAUUACCCAUACGGAAACUCUGCAGCCUGGACAAUGGGGACUGUGAGCAGUUCUGCAGCGAAGAGCAAAACUCAGUGGUAUGUUCCUGUGCCCUUGGGUAUACCCUGGGUGACAACGGCAAGUCCUGCAUCUCUACAGGGCCUUUUCCCUGUGGAAAAUCUACCCAGGGACGAAGUAAAAGGUCACUGGCACAGGCUGACAACAGUGGAAGUCCCCCAGCAAACUCCAUACUGAAGCAGUAUGAUGAUGGUGACUUUACUCCUACUGAAAAUCCUUCUGACCUGCUGAACUUAAAUCAGACAUAUCCUGAAGAGGAUGCCAGUGACCUUGUGCGGAUAGUGGGUGGAAGGGAUUGCAAAGAAGGAGAGUGUCCUUGGCAGGCUUUACUCGUAAAUGAGGAAAAUGAAGGGUUUUGUGGAGGCACCAUUCUGAACGAGUACUAUAUCCUCACCGCAGCUCACUGUCUCCAUCAAGCCAAAAGAUUCAAGGUGAGAGUAGGUGAUCGGAACACUGAAAAGGAAGAGGGCAAUGAAAUGUCCCAUGAAGUGGAAAUGAUAGUAAAACACAACAGAUUUGUUAGAGAAACGUAUGACUUUGACAUCGCCGUCAUAAAAUUGAAGACACCCAUCACAUUCCGGAUGAAUGUGGCCCCUGCCUGCCUACCGGAGAAGGACUGGGCCGAGUCAACGCUAAUGACUCAGAAAACAGGGAUUGUUAGUGGGUUUGGACGUACCCACGAGAAGGGCCGCCCAUCUACCACCCUCAAAAUGCUGGAAGUACCCUAUGUGGACCGAAACACAUGCAAGCUCUCAAGUAGUUUUUCAAUCACCCCAAACAUGUUCUGUGCUGGCUAUGACUCAAAACCUGAAGACGCCUGUCAGGGAGACAGUGGGGGUCCCCACGUCACUCGAUUCAAAGACACCUAUUUUGUCACUGGGAUUGUCAGCUGGGGAGAAGGAUGUGCCAGGAAAGGAAAAUAUGGAGUCUAUACCAAAGUCACCUCCUUCCUCAAGUGGAUCAAUAAGUCAAUGAAAGCCAAGAUUGCAGUUGAGCCACAGACUACAUCCCCUUGA